GCCACUUCUCUUCCCUUCUUCAUUCUUCGCCAGGCUCUCUGCUGACUCAAGUUCUUCAGUUCACGAUCUUCUAGUUGCAGCGAUGAGUGCACGAGUGAGAUCAAGAUCCAGAGGAAGAGGAGAUGGUCAGGAGGCUCCCAAUGUGGUUGCAUUCGUGGCUCCCGGUGAAUCUCAGCAAGAGGAACCACCAACUGACAAUCAGGAUAUUGAACCUGGACGAGAGAGAGAAGGAACACCUCCGAUCGAAGAACGUAAAGUAGAAGGUGAUUGCCAGGAAAUGGAUCUGGAAAAGACUGGGAGUGAGCGUGGAGAUGGCUCUGAUGUAAAAGAGAAGACUCCACCUAAUCCUAAGCAUGCUAAGACUAAAGAAGCAGGAGAUGGGCAGCCAUAAGUUAAAAAGAGGACAAGCUGAAGCUACACACAUGGCUGAUGUCACAUUGAAAAUGUGACUGAAAAUUUGAAAAUUCUCUCAAUAAAGUUUGAGUUUUCUCUGAAGAAGUCAUGCGUGUCUUUUGUAAAAUUUAUUCCUAGGAAAUUGACACUAUUGUAAAUGGUAUCUUUAAAAAUCCUUGUGCUCUGUUUAGAGCUGGUAUAUGUUUUUGUAUACUGAUUUUGUGUUGGGCAACAUUGCUAAACUUGCCUAUUCUGUUGGUUUAUCCCUACAUCCUUUUGGAUUUUCUCCAUACACAAUCAUACCACAUGUAAAUAAUGAUAAUUCUGUUUUUUCCUUUUGAGGCUUUGUACUUUCAUUUCUGGUCCUUAUGACACUGGCCAGACCCCUCCAGUACAAUG